AAAGAGUAUCAGUUUCUCUAUCGAAGCGUUCGGACGUUAAAAAGAUAAACCGAUACGAACUUGAUUUAAAAAUCUAAACCAUCAGCGAACAAAGUAAACAAGAAUUAUGAUUGAUUCUUGAGCGGCGGCCGUGUCCCUUUGAAUAUUCAUAUUUAAUUAAUCAAUUUUGGAAUCACAAGGAAAUUUAAAGUAAUUUGGCAAAUUCGUGCGAAAAGCUGAAAAUUUGCGCGUGUGCGGGUGGAACAGUGACACUCGCGUGAAAAUCAUCGCCAAGGAAAAGGCGGAUAAAUAAAAAGGAAAAACGCCCGCGGCGAAAAUUCUUGUAUUUGUGUGGGUGUGCAAAAAGAAAAAAAAAAAGAAGGAAGGAGAAAUAUCAAGAGCAAAGAAGUUCGAGAAAUUGCUAAUACAGUGUGUGUGUGCUUGUGUGUGAGUGGGUGACAAAUGAUUGGGCAGCGAAAAGGAAGAGAAGUCAAUCAGCGAUAAGCAGUUAAAACUAAUAAAAAACGACUCCAAACGCAUGUUACGCACAAUAGUUGGUCCUAAGAUCUAGGGGAUUUGAACAUGAACAAAAAUGCCGGCGAUGGCAGCGAUGGCAAAAACUCAAACAAAAACUCGAAUGCGGGAGGGGGUGGUGGAGCCGGGGGGCCGCACGACCCCACCGGCCUCCUAGAUGCAGCUUCCCUGUUCGCUUACUGGGGACGUGAUCCCACUGGAGCGGCGGCUGCAGCGGCAUCCAAUCCGCUCUUCAACUCGCAGUUCAAUGCCGCCGCUGCUGCCGGAUUGGGUUUACUGCCUCAGGCCGGAGGCGCUUCUGCCAAUGACCGCUAUUCCAUGGCAGCUGCAGCGGCUGCGGCGGCGGGAGCCCAUCAUCAUCAGAAUACGAUGGCAGUGGCCGCCUCGCAGGCCGCCAGUUUGGCCGGUUUGCAUCCAGCAAGCUGGUGGUCCAUGGCCCAGCUAGCGGCCCAGGAUUACUUCAGCCGCCUGCAGGCCUCGGGCCUCUCCCCCUUCCCACAUCCCGAUCUGGCGGCUGCCUUUGGACCAGCUGGCAUGGGAAUGGGUGGCGGAGCUGGAGGAGCGGGUGCUGGAGGCGGAGGAGCAGGUGUCCUUGGCCAAGGCGGAGGCGGAGGAAAUGGAGGAAGUGGGAACGGUGGCGGUGGCUCCUCAUCUGGAUCCUCCGGUAGCAAGUCGAACAAGUCGCGCAAGGAGAAGCGAGCUGCCCAGCAGCAACAACAACAGCAGCAGAGUCUGGCCAACAGUCUAAAUGCAGCAGCUGCGGCGGCAGCAGCAGCAGCGGCCAACCAUCCCGCCGCUGCCCUGGCCAGUAUGCAUGGAUUCGGAGUGGGAGUGCCGGGCACCAGCAUUCCGUCGGUGAGCACAGGCAGUGGUUCUAUAUCUACCAAUAGUGGAGGUCAUGGGAGCUACAAGAGCACGGCUAGCGCCUAUGGAAAACCCUCGACCAUGACGAGCAGCAGCAUGGCAAGCAAUCCGGGUUCCGCCUACGAUCCGGUGACCCUUCACAAGGAGCUGUUGGCCAUGCAGGCCGUGGCAGCCGCUGCUUCCGGUUCGGGUUCCAGCGGUUCCUCCAGCAAGAAGUCCGGCGGAGGUGGCUCGUCAUCCUCCUCAAUGCACGGCCAUGGAAUGGGAAUGGGUGGUAGUGGUGGCAUGAUGUCCAGUGGCAAGGCUUCAACCAGUGUAAGCGCUAGCAAUUCAUCACUAGGAGGAAUGCAUCCCAGUCUGGCCAGUAGCAAUCCGCUAAUGUCGCCGCAUGCGGGAAUGGGCUCAUCGUCUUCGUCAUCCGGCAAGGAUCGUGACAAAAACAAUCCCUCGCUAAACGCGCUCAACUCGCUGUCGCAGUUUGGAGCUUUGGGCAUGACGCCGCAACAGAGUAUGCAGGCGGCAAUGAAUGCUUUUGCGGCCAGCUCCGGAGUGUCGUCCUCCGCCACGAUAACCUCCUCGCCGCAUCACUCCUCCCAGCAGCAGCAGCAACAAAUGGGCGGCAACAGUUCCACGUCGGGAUCGGGGGGCAAGUCCAGCGCCAAGGAUUACAUGAUGGGCACUGGUAGUGAGCACCCGUCUCUUCUUGGAGUUCGUUUACCACCGGACACGGAGAUAAUCAAGUACACGUCCUCGAUUGUGGGACCCAAGAUACCUGGUCUCAGUCCCGCGAAGCGGGCUAGACUCGAAAUGGAGUACGCGGCAAUGGCCGCGGCCGCCCAACAGCAACACCAGCAGGCCCAGCAGCAACACCAGGCGCAGCAGCAACUCCACGGGAUGCUGGGGGCAGCCGGGAUCCCUGGAAUGGCUGGACUGGUCGGUCUGCCGGGCAUGAGUGGCAAUCCACUCGAUCAGUUGAGUGUGAGCAAGGCCAGCUCCUCGACGGCGGCCACAACCAGUACCAGUUCCUCCUCAGCAGGGAGCAACCUGCUCAACCAGAGCUCCAGUGAUCGCGUGGAGGUGAUCAAACUGCCGCCAACAAUCACUUCUAACGGCGCGUAUAACCUCUCAAGCAAGGGAAAAGAGGUGCACGACCUCACCACCGAUCUGGCUCCCACUUCUGGAGGUGUGAAUCUCAGCCUAAAGGCUAAUGCGAACAAUGCAAGCGCCUUGACACCCAGCGGAGCCGUGGGCUCAGCCUCCAAUCCCAUCACAAUCGAUGACUUUGAUGCGCCACUUAAUCUAUCCAUGAAGCCCUCUGAUAAGAGCAACAGUGGCUCUACAACUCCCGCAGGAGGGGCGUCCUCCUCUUCCAGCGCAGCGAUGGCCAAUUUGGCCAGUGACUAUCAGGCGGUGGCCAGUGGCCAAAGCGGGAAUAGCCUGCAGAGCUUGAGCUCGAUUACAGCUGCUUUGGGAGGAACUGGAGGCAUGCCAGGUGGAUCCAUUUCGGGCAGCGGAGGAACCUCCCCAGCUCCGGCAGGUGCCGGCACAGGAGCCUCUGGUGGUUCGGGAUCUGGAUCCGGUGGGGGAUCAUCCUCUUACAAAGAGGGAAGACCUCGUAACCUUGGUCGCGGUGUAUCCAAGCCCAAGAAGAACACGGUUGCUUCGUUGUUGGCCCAAUCCCGAGCUGUGGGACUAAAGCCCAUGCUGGCCACACAGCAACUUCUUCAGCAGGGUGCUGAUAUUGAGAAAAUCCGCCUGGCGCUGAGCGAGGCCAAUGCUCAUAUGGAGACCUCCACGGAUUCCGAGAGCGUGGCAGCCGAAAGUGGACUCUCGGAGUCUGAGAGCGAGGAUGCCAACAUCCUGAAUGUGGCGGAGCUAAGGGUGCCACUGGAAUUGGGCUGGAAGCGGGAGACUGUGAUCCGUGGCCUGACCAAGCAAGGUCAGAUCCGUGGCGAGGUCACCUACUAUGCACCGGGAAGCACGGCGCCUCUGAAGAGCAACGGACAGGUUUUUGCUAUCCUGGAGCAGCAGCCAUCGAAUCUGAGUCGUGAGAACUUUAGUUUCUCUGCACGAGCCAUUGUUGGCUCAUUCCUGCAGCCCGCUCCACCGCCGUACGCCAACGAUGGCGAGUACAUACGGAUGACGGACGAGGAUGUGGCCAAGCGGCUAGAGGAUCUAAAGGUCUUCACCCGCCAGACACUUAACGUGGAGCAGCGCAUCGAGAUCGCCAAGCAGCAGCAGGCGAUGCGUGAUGCCAAGAAGUUGCAGAAGGAGGAGUUGGCCAGGAACAAAGAGAAGGCACGCCAGGAGAAGAACUCCAAGUUGGAGCAGCAGCGCAAGGACAAAGAGCUCAAGAAUCAGCAGGCCGUCGAGGAGCGCAAAAAGCGUCAGGAGGAGCUAGAUCGCCUUAAGCAAGAGGAAUUGCUUAAGAAGCAACAGGAGAAAGAGAAGCGGCGUCAGGAGGCCAUUUUAGCUAAGGAACAGGAGCUGCAAAAACAGAAAGAGAUGUUGUUGGCUGCCGAAAUGGAACGGGAGCGUCGUCGCCAGCACAUGAGCCUCAUCCGAAUGCUAGAGGUGCGUCGCAAAUUCGAGGAUCGCGAGAAGAAAAAGCACCAGCUGGUGCUGGACCGUCUACUUCUCCGUGAGCGUCGCAUGGCGGAGCGGAAACGAGAUGCAGAGAUCCUGCAGUUAAUAAGGCGCCCCAACGAGGACUCUGAGCUGCCACAGGAGUUGGUAAUCCCAGAGCUAGACAGGAUUGCGGGCAACCGUCUUCCCGGCCAGGCAAUGGCCGAUCUGCUAAUGGUCUUCGAAUUCCUGCACAAUUUCGGCGAGACUCUGGGCUUUGACAUGGAAUCACUGCCAACGCUCCAGAACUUACACGAUGCUUUGAUUAGCGAUAGCAGCGCAGAUGCUGAGGAGGAAUUAUUGUCGGUGAUGACGCAUCUAUUGGUUUGUGCCAUUGAGGAUCCGGGUGUACCCAAUCCCGGCAGACACACCACUUUGCUGGGACAAUCGCUUCGCAACGCGGACAUAACCAACUCGAAUGUGUCCGAGAUCCUGAGGAUCUACCUGUAUGCCACGGCCACGGGUGAGGUACGCCAGAUGCAUGGCAUCACUGUGGAUCGCGAGCGAGAAAGGAGAGUGCCCGAUCAUCAUCAAGUGGAUACCGAUACCGCCACUCACUCCCAUUCGGCCAAGAACCAGGAGUAUUAUAAGCUCCUCCACGAGAACGACACCUGGAAGCUAUCGCAUUCGCUGAAGGAUCGCCCCUUCGUGGCACUGAAUCCCACCCGUAAGGCACAGAUGUUAGCCCACCUCUGCAAUGAUCUGCUGAUGAACAAGGCGGUGCUCCGCCAGAUUGAUGGCAGCCUGGAGACUUGCGCUCAGAUGCGCAAGGAAAAGUACAUGACGGACAUGAAGGUGCGCAAGUACAAGGCACUCCAUAUGCGCAAGGCUCGAAUUGAGGCCUAUGAACGAGCUCAAGCAGAGCGCGAGGCGGCAAUGCAGGCACUGAUGGCGCAGCAGAAGCUGGAUGCAGAGCGUCUGAAGGCGGAGGAGGAAGCCAAGGCUGCGGCAGCAGAGGAAGCAGCAGAUGCUGCCGAAACAGAGGAAGAGGCAAGCAAAGGUGGCUCACCCAAUGGCGAGAAGCCGAAAGAGGAGGAUCAGGACGAACAGGCGGUCACCAAGGAGCCCCAGCAGCAGCCCAUGGAUGUGGAUGGCGUGGUCAAUGAGGAAUCGCUUGUGAGCCCAGCCAAAAGCAUCAUCCAAGCGGACAACACUCUUACGCCCAACAAACAAGACAUGGCCACGCCCACCUAUCAAAUAAAUGGAUCCAGUACACCCACAACAAGUGCCACCACUGGAUCCGACGUGAGUGCCCUGAUGCAGGCCAAGAAGAGCGGAGCACGUAACUCCAUUAACGAUGAACACCACCAUGAUGUUAGCAUAAUCGACGAUGAUCUCUCCGAUUUAGAUUCGGAGAUCACGAACGUCGAGGAAGACGAGGACAAUCGCCUGAGUGCCGAUGAGUUGCAGAAGAAGCUGGACAAGAUUGUGAGGGCUUCACUUAACUGCAAGGAGGCGCUGGAGAAGAGCACCAAUCAGCUGAGAGCGGCCUGCUUUGGACAGGAUCGCUUCUGGCGUCGCUACUGGAAGUUGCCCAAGGCGGGUGGCAUUUUCAUUGAAGCUCUUGAGUCGGCCCAGAAUGAUAUAUGCGGCUAUCAUGAGGCAUUGGAGGGCAUGGAUGACAAGAAGGAUGCAGCUGGCGAGAAGGAAAACGCGGAGAAGGAGAAAACCGAAGCGGAGUCCGCCGAACAACCCAUGGAGGUGGAUGAAUCUCUCACGCAACUGGAGGACGGAGCUCCAGCUCAGAAUGCGGAGCUUUCUGAAACUAAUCAGCCGAAUUCCCAUCAAGAAGAGGAAGAUGACGAUGAUGAUGUGACAGAAAUCAACAAGGUUGAACCGGAAAUUGUUGACCUGGGCGAUGAUGAUGAUGAUGCAGCUCCGCCACUGCCCAAAAUAGAACCUCCUAGACCAGAGAUCAAGGUUAAGUCGGAGAUGGAGCUAAUGGGACCGCCGCCCACGACGAUGAUAUCCACCAAGACAGACUUUGAGGCCGAAAUUAAGAUACCCGCAAUGCCUGGCAUAUUAAUGCCGCCUACCCUCAACAACAACAACAACAGCAAUAACAAUAACAACAACAACGGAAGCGACAACUGUGAUAAGUUGGAAACGGGCUUGAAUCUGGGACAGCAGCAGCAGCAGCAGCAGAACUUUGGACAGGCUGUGAUCAAGAUGGAGGAUAUGAAGAAGGAGGAUGACUGCAUUAUAGUCUCCACAUCCAGUGCUGACGAUACGCCCAAGUGGUUCUCCAUUGUCCGUCGGGAAGUUCCGCUGAUCAGUGAGCUUCCAGCGGAGGAGGGCGGCGUGGUGGGCCAGGAACUGCAGAUCAGUUUUGCCAAUCAGAACUGCUCCGCCCAGCUGCAGCUGCAGGGUCAUCCCUGGGAUCUGAUCAACAACAUGCAGUACUACUCGAUCCCUAUGGAUGAGUGCAAGGUGGAUACCAGCAAACUGGGCAACGAGUGCAUCUUCUCGCUAAGUGGCUUGGAUGAAAAGCAAAUGCUGGCCAAGGUGGAGGAGUACAAGGCCCACAAGGUGGAGUCAAAAAACGGUCUGGGCUCUCCUCAUCGCCACCACGAGACUGAAGAUGAUGAGGAGCAGGCCAAGCUGAGGUUGGAUAAAAAUUUCGACACCGAAAUGGAAACGGAUGCAGACGAACUCGCUGGCAAGGACAAGUUUUUUCGCUUGCGCUCUGAUGCGCCCCCGGAUACGGGAGGAGGGACAAACGAGGGGGGAGCCGAUGUGAAGCCCAAGAUUGAGCUGCGUUUGGAUGAGGCGCUAUCGCAGGCAUAUUACCACAAUAUAGCCAACAUGUCACUGAGCAGUGUGCAAACGUAUAUACCCAUCGACAUACCGCUGCCGCUCUCCAUGACCCCCGAUGAGCAUCGUCUGCUGGAGCAGGUCAAGCUGGCGGGUUUCCCGGAACGAGUCCAUGGCGUUUAUGUGCCUCGCAGACAGCGCUACGGCUGGUGGCAGUUGGACGAUGAGCAGAAGUUGCGCCAGUUGCUCAAAACCCUUAAUCCCUCUGGCCUGAGGGAGCGGGAAUUGCAGGAGAAUCUCCAGCGUUUCCUCGGACUAGAACAGCCAUUGGGUGUGAAUUAUCAGCUCAAAUCGGAUGUAGAGUUUCCGGAGGAGUUCCUUAUGCCCGACAAGAAGGGCGAUUGGAAUCCCAAGGUGGCCAAGCGCGUGGAACUUGCCCUCAUUGAGCAACUGGAAUCCCUGGAGGACAAGGUGGCCAGUGCUUCGAUGCAAUUGAAGAACUGGCAAUUGCCCAAUCGCGUGGAGAGUGAACUCACCCUGGACUCGCAGGAGGAUGUCACCGAAGAGGAUUUCGUCAGCAUUAUACCCAUGAUCCGGGAGAGAAUUAUUGAUUUGGAGGCGAAUAUCGAGAGGCGCUAUCUGAAGCCCCCCUUGGGCUCGCAGACUGGCGAUGCCCAUUUGGCGGUGAUUGCCCAGAACCAGCAUACCAGCACCCAGACACAGAAUUCCGCAUCGGCGGCAGCAUAUCUCCUGCAGAUGCAACAGCAACAGCAGCAACAAUUGGCCCAACAGCAGCAGCAACAAGGAUCGGGAACAGGCAAUAGCGUUAAUGCCUCAUCCUUCAAUGAGCGCACCAUGGCUUUGGCGGCGGCAGCAGCCGCUUCGGGAACAGGAAACAACGCAGCUGGAGCCGGGAACUCGGCAACCGGAGGCGGAGUAACCCCCUGUGAAUCGGGCAGCGGGGAACCUAAUUCCGGCAAUGCCUCGCCGGCCAGCAACUGCGACAGCGAUCGGGAUGAGAAGGUGGAGCACAUCCCCAAGGGAUUGGUGCAGUGGCGCGAUGCAGUGUCCCGAUCGCACACCACCGCCCAGCUGGCGAUGGCCCUGUACGUCCUGGAAUCCUGCGUGGCCUGGGACAAGAGCAUUAUGAAAGCGUAUGCAACAAAAAACAAGUCCAGCAAGAAGAAGAGCAGCGCCAAAAAGCAGGCAACACCAACGAAAAAACAACAGCAAAAGAAAAAGCAGAAGGAGCAGCAGUUGACCAUUGCCACCACCAAUGGAAAAAAGAAGGAUACCCCAAGCAAAAAGCCAGAGAAGAAAGCUCCACUGAGCAUAAAAAUCAACCUGAAGGCUCUGGCGCAAAAUGGGCAGAGUUCGCAGCAGCAGCAAACCCAAAACAACAAUCCUAUCCAAACCAUGUCCAAGUUCCAAUCCCAAUCCAAAACCCCCACCCCAUCCCCAUCCUCCAAUCCAAACACUAGCGACUCCGACUCGGACUUUGGCACACGGACGAAGAAGAAGAGUGGCGGCAAACGCAGACGCUCGGCCAACAAUACAAACUCUAGCAAAUAUUCCAAUUCCUUACAGAAUUGCCAGUUCUGCACGUCCGGCGAGAAUGAGGAUAAGUUGCUACUGUGCGACGGCUGCGACAAGGGCUAUCACACCUACUGCUUCAAGCCCAAGAUGGACAACAUUCCCGAUGGCGAUUGGUAUUGCUACGAGUGCGUGAACAAGGCCACCAAUGAGCGCAAGUGCAUCGUGUGCGGUGGUCAUCGUCCCUCGCCCGUGGGCAAGAUGAUCUACUGUGACUUGUGCCCGCGGGCUUACCACGCCGAUUGCUACAUACCACCGCUGCUGAAGGUGCCGCGUGGCAAGUGGUACUGCCACGGCUGCAUCUCACGAGCACCUCCGCCCAAGAAACGCAGUGCCGGCGGAACGGCCAGCAGCAGCAGUAAGUCGCGGAGGGACAGGGAUCGGGACUCGGGCGGAUCGGCCAAGCGGCGAAGUGACAACAGCAAGACACCGGCCAUGGAUCAUAUGCAACAGCAGCAGAUCCAGCAGCAAAUCCAGCAGCAGAUGCAGCCACUGGCAGGCGGGGAUCCCCACCAUCAUCAUCAUCAGCAGCCGCCGUCGCUGAACUCGUCGCACGAUGAGUCGAUGAAUUCGCACGGCGGCGCCUCUGAGGUGAGUGUGGGGGCCUGCGGGCGGCUGAGGGGGCGGCGGAGUACACGGUCCAGGUUCCAGUAUAAUGCCUCUGCUCUCUGCAGUCCGGCGCACUCGGUGGCCUCGGCUACGGCCUACGAUGACCAGCAUCAUGCCAACAACUCGGUCGACAGCAGCAGUCGCUUCCAAGCGCAUCUCAUCCCUCCGCCCAAUAAUGGUACUGCGGCUCUGCUGGAAGAUGUGGCGGCGGUCGGUGGCAGUGGCAGUGUGAUGCCCAGCAGUUAUCCGGUCUAUCCGCCAGUUGUGGCUGGCAACUUCUCGGCUGGAUUGAUUAGCCCAGCGCCAGUGGCACCACCAGCAACGAUGCCGUAUGCCAACGUGGUCGCCAUGUCGCCACGGGCUGUCACGCCCACACGCACCCGAACGCCCACACCGACGCCAGCGCCCACUCCGCCACCACCACCACCGCCGCCGACACCGCUGCUCAUGCAGGCCUCGCCCACAGCCACCGCCCUCCAUGUAACCGCCUGCCAGUCGCCGCCCCAACAGCAGCAGCAGCAGCAGCAGCUGAUGACCAUGCCCUCGCCACCAGCCAUUGGAGUGGGAACGGGAACAGGAACCAACCAAAUGUCGCCACCGCCCAUCAACAUACAUGCCAUUCAGGAGGCCAAGGAGAAGCUGAAGCAGGAGAAGAAGGAGAAGCACGCCACCAAGAAGCUCAUGAAGGAGCUGGCCGUCUGCAAGACGCUAUUGGGGGAAAUGGAGCUCCAUGAGGACUCUUGGCCAUUUCUAUUGCCAGUGAAUACCAAGCAGUUUCCAACAUAUCGAAAAAUAAUCAAAAUUCCCAUGGACUUGUCCACGAUCAAGAAGAAACUGUUGGAUUUGAGCUACAAAGCCCGUGAGGACUUUUGCGUGGAUGUGCGUCAGAUCUUCGACAACUGUGAGAUGUUCAACGAGGAUGAUUCGCCUGUAGGCAAGGCAGGGCAUGGCAUGCGCAAGUUCUUUGAGUCACGCUGGGGCGAGCUGACCGACAAGCACUCCUGAUCCUGUACCACCGGCCAGCCGCAGAUCCAGAUGGCUACCACGAACAGCAUCAGCAUCACCACCCCCAACAUCUUGGCCGGCACUGCCACACAUCCCAUUGAGAUGGUCACCCUAAUUGCCACGUCGCAAGAGGAGGAGGAGGGAGCCGUGGAGACGACAACAGCAUUAACUGAAGCAGCACAAUUUUGGUCAAGAGAUUAGAGUAGGUUAAGCAAAGAUUGUACAUAAAUAGGGGAUAGAGACGGUUAGUUAUAGUCUAGAAGCGCAGCAUACACACAUUAAAAUAUAUUUAUAUAUAGUAGAUAUAUAAACACACACACACACACGCGAGAGUAUUCAACGUCCUACGUCGGUCAAGACCUUUGAAAGAGGUAGCUUUGAUUCAAAAUAAAUCACCAGCCAAGGCGAACAACCAGCAUGCAAGUGAACGAAAUUGUAUUUAGUUUGUUAAGCAUCCGAGGGCGGCAGCAACAGCAGUAUAAACAAUAACUAUUAGCCGACAUAGAUUAGCAGUUAGAGAUCGUAUCGAAUAAGAAGCCAUCUACAGUAGGCGCCCGGACAGGAUGAACGCUGACAAAUGACAAAUGAACACGUACAAAAACUGUCUACCAAUUUCCGAACCGAUUAGAUCUGAUCCGAUCGAUCGAUCGAUCCAUCGUUUGAACAGUAUUUUGUGCACAAAGCUGCGUCGCUUUGUUUUCUACAAUUCUAAUUCUAACCCUAAUUUUAAACAAUUAUUCUUUAAGCACCAACGAAGCGCUCAUUUAAGUUUUAAAGUGUAUUUUGUACUUAUAGCAACUCCGACAUCUGUAUUUAAACGUAAACUAACUAGAGCUAACAAUUGCCCAGGCAAAAAUGCGAACAAUUAUACUCAAAAACGGCGGUGCGAGGAUGAUUUGUAAAUGUAAAUGAAAGCAAAUUAAAAUUAAAUGUAUUAAAUUA